UGUCAAGUGUGUCAAACUUUUGACACCGUGUGUGACGUUUCUUUGUUUUCAUACAUUCGCUUUGUUUAGAAACGAACGUUUGUCAAUUUAAUGUGAACCAUUGCUUUGUUAAAACUCUUGUAACUUGCCAAAUCAUGUCGGGCUGUGACUCCCAGAAAGCAGAAACUUCUAAGGACAACAUAUCCACCAAUUCCAUCGACGAAGGCCUUCCUCGAGAACUAAGCCAGUUAAGUUUGUCGAGUGCCUCAAGCCAAGACGAGUUUUACUGUGAUAAAGGGCAUUCCGAAACAGCUUUGAAAAAUAUAUUCGGAUAUUAUCAGGCUCAAAAGCUAUGUGACGUAGUUUUAAUAGCAGGUGGAACAAGGAUAUCAGCGCACAAGAUAGUAUUAACAUCAUGUAGCGAAUACUUUGCUGCUAUGUUCACCGGAUCAUUGCGGGAGGCACAGCUGGCCGAGAUAACAUUGGAGCGGGUGGACUCCCAGGCACUGCAGGCACUUGUUCAUUACUGCUAUACUGGCACUAUAGAAUUAAGAGAAGAGACAGUGGAAGUCCUGCUGUCCACAGCAAGCUUGUUACAGCUCAACACAGUCACAGCCGCGUGCUGCGCCUUCCUGAAGAAACAGCUUGAUCCGUGCAACUGUCUGGGGAUCGGACUGUUUGCAGAACAACAGUCUUGUCUGGCCCUGCAACGGAGUGCUUUGGAGUACACCUAUCAACAUUUCAUGCAAGUAGUGAAACAUCAAGAGUUUCUUUCACUACAAGCGGACCAGCUAGCCAGUCUGCUCAAAUCCGACGAUCUCAACGUGGUUACUGAAGAGAAUGUGUUUGAAUGCUUGAUGACGUGGGUGCAACAUGACAGCGCCAAACGGGAGCAACACCUGCCGAUGCUACUGAAGUUGAUCAAACUACCUCUACUGUCCUCUGAGUAUUUGAUAGACAAAGUGGAGCAAGCGUGCGGCAAUGUGCCUGAAUGCCAGCCGCUCAUCAUGGAGGCAGUCAAGUGGCAUCUCCUGCCCGAGCGGCGGUCUCUCCUGUUCUCACACAGAACCAGGCCGAGGACUUCCACCAUCGGACGACUGCUAGCUAUAGGCGGUAUGGAUGGCUAUAAGGGUGCCAGCAAUAUGGAGAUGUACGAUCCCCGAACGAAUUCGUGGACGCCAUUCAUGCGGAUGGGAGCUAGGAGGUUGCAGUUCGGCGUCGCUGUGAUGCAGAACAAGCUCGUAGUCGUUGGCGGCAGGGACGGGUUGAAGACAUUAAACACGGUGGAGUGUUUCGACCUGACAUCGCUCACGUGGAGCACCAUAGCACCGAUGAACACGCACCGGCACGGGCUCGGGGUGGCGGUGCUGGGCGACGGACCCAACUCGCCCGUCUACGCCGUCGGCGGCCAUGACGGCUGGAUCUAUCUCAACUCCGUCGAACGAUGGGACGCGUGCUCGCGCACGUGGACGAUGGUGUCGCCGAUGUCGGGCGCGCGUAGCACUUGCGGCGUAGCGGCGCUACGCGGGCGCCUCUACGCCGCGGGCGGCCGCGACGGCGGCGCCUGCCUGCGCUCCGUGGAGUGCUACGACCCGGCCACCAACCACUGGACCAACUGCGCGCCCAUGACGCGCCGGCGAGGGGGAGUCAGCGUGUGCGCAGCGGGCGGAUAUCUUUACGCACUCGGUGGUCACGAAGCUCCGGCUAACGCUGCGGGCGGCCGACUAGCCUGCGUGGAGCGCUACGAUCCUACCACUGACACAUGGAUACUCCUAGCGCGCCUGAGCUACGGCCGCGACGCCAUCGGCUCCUGCCUGCUCGGGGACCGCAUCGUUGCCGUGGGUGGUUACGACGGCGUGCAGUACCUCUGCGUGGUGGAGGUAUACGACCCGGAGGCGGACUGCUGGCGCAAGCUCGCGCCGCUCAGCACCGGCCGCGCCGGCGCCGCCGUGGUGGCCGUGCCGCCGCCCCGGCUCUUCUGAUCAUCGUCCGUCGUCAUCACUAUUAGCAUGCGGCCCGUAAGCGAGUUAGAGUGAGACGCAGUACGAUCAUGCCUUUGGUGUAACGUUAUACCG